GAGGAAUAGAGGAAGACCUCAGAGGAGAUUGAUGGAUGAUAGUGAAGGAGGGCAUAAGGACGCUUGGUGUGACAGAAGAGGACACUAAAAGCUCUAUCAUUUGUGUCCACAGAUGUUCAGUUGUUACAUUUUUCUUGGCAGGCUGUGCUGUUAGCUGACAUCCUACCAACACUCUUCAUCAAAGUGUUUGCUCCCUUCGUGAUCCACAAAAUGCCUUAUGGUGUUCGAGUGCUGUUCUGUGCCAUCAUAGCAGCAAAGAGUUUCCUUCUGGUGUCCUUCUCCUCAGCUGUGUGGAUGAGUAUUCUCGGAGUGAUCUUUGCCAGUAUCAGCUCGGGACUGGGAGAGUUGUUGUUUUUCAGCAGCUAUUUCUUCCUGCUGGUUUAUCCACCUUCAUUACCUCAGUGGAGGACCAAGGAGACUGAGUAUGCAGCUUUGGUCUCUGAGGACAGACAGCAACUUCUGGACAGUUCAGACGACGAGGAGCCCGAGAGCUCCACCACAGGUAAAUGUCACAUUAGAAGGGUGUAGCAUGGAAUCAGCAAUAAACUGAAAUGUAAAUAAAGAUCAGCGACCAGAUCCCGUGAAGACAAACCCUGUUUCAUUGGUUGAUAUAUCUACUAACUGAACACUAACACAUGAGUUCCUGCAAGUUUCUGAGUCCUCCAUGGCAUCGGUUUUGUUUUUCCCCAAGAAUACAUAAACUGCAUAAAUGUUUUAAGCAACAAUUUGCACAAAAAAGGCAGAUGUAACAAAUAUGAUAAAGAUUUAAAAUCCUUUGAGUUUGAAGUUUGUCUACAGAGACUCCAUUUUCUCACAAUGAUGACUUCACACUGUUGCCCAAUAGACACGUCUGAAACAUCCGAGAGCGUUGCUUUGCUCUUAUCUAAUCAGAUGAUCAUUAACACGUGUCAGUUUAUCUGUUUGACAUGGUGAGAGGAAACGCACUAUUCUACAUUUUUAUUGAAAUUGAUAAAAGGAGGUCAUCACUUAGGGGAAG